GAACCAUAUCCUGAAGUAGGGCCUUUCCACACCCACCCAACCCUGGAGCAAGGGCGCUAAUAAUAUUCCCUCAGCCAUUGUCUGAAAGUGAGAAACGUUACUUGAGCAAGUACGGAAAGCGGCCGCGUAGAGGCUUACUGGGUGAAAAACCCAAGCGUGCUGACAAUCGGAAGGAACGGACGUACUUUGACUCCAGCGACUUUGCUUUUUCCGCCGCUCAUCGAGUGACCGAUCUCGACGCUAUUCAAACAGGCAGAGCGCAUCUCCACCGGGACAAUAUUUCGCACCCUUCUUCCCCUAUCCCGGCUGCCAGCAACGUUGACAAGAAAGCCAACGAGGAUAUGCAUAGGAGGGAUGCAAGUCCCAAAAGAAGUCUUCUCCAUAGGCAAACGAAUGGAGACCCCACAGACGAGGACAAUCUCUUCUCUUUCGAAGAUUGCAACCAAAUCGUCACAGCAAUAUAA